CUAAUCUACGCCCCAAUUUUGCUACGCUACGUUAUCAUGGCCGACAACGGCGAGCGCCCCGAGAUUACAGCGCUUCGUACGAAUCUCACUUCCAUCACUGACACGGUGACGGUCGGAGACAAUCUACAGUGGUUUUCAAACUGCCUCGUGGAGAAAGCCUUCAUUGCGCGGAGGACCGCGCGGGCAAUCCUCGGCGGCGGAGCCACGCCCGCGCACAAGGCGGGUCAGCUUAUUGACGGGGUUUUCGCUGUAAUCCUACCGUCGGACCGGAAGAGCCACUGGUUUGCUGAGUUCGUAUCCAUUUUCUCCACCGACCCAGCCUACGCAGAACUAGUCGAGAAACUGAAACGCCACGUCGUCCAAACAAACCAGCAACAGCUGCAAUCUCCCAUUCCAGCCAGCCCUUCCGCUAGUUCAUCUCUACACGUCCCUGCGUCUUCAGGCACCACACCAGCCACUAGUUCUGAGGAGUCUCCUGCCCCAUCAUCCACCACCACAUCUUCUUUACCUCCCGUCCCACCUCCACCCUCCCCCAACCACCCUUCCGCCCCUUCCUUCUGGACUGUGGAGAAAGUCAAGUCCACCAUUCAGGAGUUUCGAAAAACAUUCUCAAAGCUGCAUGCGGAUGUUGUGAUCGAAAUGAGCAACAAAGAAUCUGAGAAUAAAGCCAUUUUGGAGGAGCUUCGCAGCCAUCUUCUGCUCUUACCUGUUCGUAAAGCAACCCUCCAUGUCAAAUUCUUUGACAAAAAUGAAAAGGAUAUCAUUGAAGCAAAAGAUGCUCGAAUGAUAAUGGCCAUACCUUGUCGCUAUGUCGAUUAUCGCAACAAUGAGAUUUUGCUACAUAUUGUAAUUGCUUUCUGUGAAGAAGAACUGCAAAAGCGAAUGAAAAACUUUUGCGAAUUGCUCGAGGAGUUCGAAAUUGCAACAACCAUAGAUGUGUACAAAAAGGCGAUACCAAAUGAAGUCGAUGAAGAAGUAAUGAACGGUUUCUCCAACAUGAUUGUUAAGAUUGACAAGCCUGAAUCCCAGUACACCCUCCAUGAAGUCCGAAAGCUCAACAAGGCGAUCAUUGUAAAGUCAACUCUCUGCUCUCACAGCAUCUACAUUGGAGCAGUGUCCAGAAACUGUGUGGUGGUUAGGCUUAGGUUCCCUUCCAGUGCAGUGGGCUGGGUGCUAGCAGCCAUCACUCCAGACUUCAUGACCACACAUCUUCUCACAGAGGUGACUGUGGAUGGCCAUCAACUAUCCCUUAUACAGGCUCAGAGAUAUGAAUUGAAUAAUGAGCUGAUUAUUGCUGGUAGAGCAGGACAAGUGAUAAGAGCUGCGUCUCUUCUUAACAGUGGAGCUGACAUCCAGACCAAGGACCAGGUCUUUUGGACUCCAUUGAAAUGGGCUAGUCGGAAUGGUCAUCUCCAAGUGGUUCGUCUUCUGAUAUCAAGAGAAGCUCAGCUCAACCACCAGGAUGAGGUUGGAAACAGCACCACAUGCGCGCAUGUGUGGGUGUCAAUGUCUAAGUCACAUGGCUGAAAAUUCUGAAUUUUAUUUCUCGGAAGUCAUUAGCAUAAUCUCCAUGUGUCCCCUUUUCACAGAUUUUCGCUGGUGCAACUUUCCCUCUCUCUGUUCUAUCUCUUCCCACUAGGUGGCUUAUAAUUAUUGCUUCUCUAUUAUAAUAUUCUUAACAGGAGAAAAAGCAGUGCUUGACUUCACCCAGAGCGAACGAAUGUUCCUCGUCAUUACGUGCAGUGGCAUUUUGCCACCAUGAUAUGUUAUACGCAGACAAUGUCUAUAAUAUGCUCCUACGGUAUAAUUAUACAGGACCACGGAAAAUGGGUGUGGCAAAGUUCUGAGCAUUACAUAUUUUUCUGACCACUCAUGGGCCCACUUUUUUAAAAUGAAUAUAGCUACUAAUAAGUGCUUGCGAUAAUCGACAUAGCGACAGUGCUACUGAAACAAUAUUGUCUAACCACGAGAUUUGAUUUUCUCUCUGAUUAAAGUGACUAUCCUCCAGUAGUUCUUUUACCAUGGGCCUGUCUUUUAUCACACAGUUUGGGACUUCUGCCUUGACUACAGCAGCCUGGCAUGGUCACACUGAUGUUGUUGUGGAGCUGGUGAAAGUAGGAGCCAAUUUGGACCUUCAGCGAAAUGAUGGAGACUCAGCACUGAUGUUGGCAGUUAAAAAUGGUCACACUGAUGUUGUUGUGGAGCUGGUGAAAGCAGGAGCCAAGUUGGACCUACAGAAUAAGGAAGGGGACUCAGCAGUGAUGCUAGCAGCCAGGCGUGGUCACACUAGUAUUGUUGUGGAGAUGGUGAAAGCAGGAGCUAAUUUGGACCUACAGAAAAAGGUGCAAAACUACAUCUAAUGAAAGGCACUGAAGUGCUAACCCUUGGCGCAGUGGGUGUGAUUAAUUUGUAUACACAUGCUUA